GUGGAUCAAAUUGUCAGUUACUAUAGCAACCAAAUAAACAAAACUAUAUUAUUUACAUCAAUAAGCACGCAAUCUUUAAUUUACGCUUUAUUUAUAGAAGUAUUAUAAUAAAAAAUGAACACGUUGGAUCAAGAUUCGAUGCCACAGAAGCGAGCGCUGAACAGUCUUAUUAUCCACCCGGAUGUAGAACCGGGUGUAAUCGACAAUGCUAUGCUCAUUCGAUGUAUCUUAGAGAAUGGCCCAACCGAAGAGGCUGGUAGACUUUUUGCUGAAGAAGGUGUUCAUCUCGAUGAAGCACAAGAAGUGAGAUUGGAAUUCCAAAGAAUUCUACGAAUCGAUCAUCUUUGGAUGUUAACAUCUUUAAGAAAGCUCACUUUAGCUCAUAAUUUAAUUGAGAAAAUUGAACAUUUGGACUUACUAGUAGGACUCAAUGAGCUAGACCUGUCCUUUAAUAAGAUUGAAAAAAUCGAGAAUUUGGACGCGUUAGUCAAUUUGGAGGUGUUGACGUUGUUCCAUAAUAAAAUACGGAAACUGGAGAACUUGGACGCCCUAGAGAAUCUCCUGGUAUUCAGCAUUGGCGAUAAUAAGAUAGAAGAUUAUAAGGAGAUGUCGUACCUACGUAGGUUUCGUAAAUUACGAUCAGUAAGUUUCAAAGGCAACCCGUGCUGCGAUGAUCCCAUGUCCUACCAAUUCCUGAAAUCAGCUCUCUCUAGAGUUACCUACCUGGACUAUAAGAUCGUUACUGAAGAAGAGAGGGAGAGCGGGAGAGCUAUGUUUAGAGGUCUUUUACGGAAAAUGGAUGAAGCGGAUGAAAAGACGGAACAGGAGAGGAUAGCUAAAGAGGAGUAUGAUGCAAAGGUCGCGUUCUACGCCAUGUCCUUCGUUGAGUACCUCAGUGGACCUGAGCUCUUGGAAACCAUGUUUGAAAAGGACCCUGACGGACAGCUACUACUCAGCUUCGGUGGAGAACUUACAGCGUAUCAUGAUCAGUACAAAGAGAACUACGUAGAAACGAUGGCUAACCUGGUAGAAUUUGCCCAAGAAGCUUACAACGACAGACAGAACGAAAUCAAACUGUUCAAGGACCUCGUCGACAAUGCUCUCGCAGAAAGUGUCGAGAAAAGUAAAAAAGUGCUAGAAGAAUUCCAAACUAAGAAGAAGCCGGUAAUGGACCAAGUCGCAGAAAUAAGCGCCAAGUUCACGUCGAAACAGAUCAGCUUGGAGCAGAUGGAACCGAUGCUGUUGGAGCUCGGAGAGACGUACCAUGACAUACUGUAUGAGCUGUGGAAGAGCCUUAUGACUACUGAAAUGCAGCUGUUUGAACAAUGCGAGGAUGCACGCGUCCAAUUCUCAGUGAACAUGACAGAAAUGGUGACAAAGUUGCUGGAGGUGUCUCGCAAUGCGUUUGGAUCGUGGCGUGAGCACGAAGGUGUUUGGUCCACUCGGCAAUUUGAGGUGCUCUCCAAGUACCUCGGGAACAAGAUCAUGCUCGGAGACACGUCGCCUGAACUCUUCGAUGUAAUGAUGGAUCGCGAUCUCUUGAUGAACCUCGUGGCUGCAUCAUCAGACAAUCACAUGCGCUUCAUAGACGGAAGGGAAGAUCUACUCACGUCCCGCGCUAAUGCCUGGCGCGAAGAACUCGUCCAGGGAACUAAUGACAAUGAAAUAAAACGCAACAGGGAUAGAAUCCUGGAGAUCAAUUACUUCAUAGACAACCAGCGCGAGGAGUGGGCAGACAUGCACAUGGCACUCACUGAUACCGUGGAUCCUGAUGCUGUGGCCUUGCUGGGAGAUGAUUUUUAAUAUUGUUAUUAUAAUAAAAAGUAUUUGUCAUA